GCCAUCCAAGAUUCUAUAACCAACUAUAUGCUGGGAUGGAUCAUUAUUCUCUUGUAGCCCGCUUUAUCACGGAAGCCCUCAAUCCAAGCAUCUACACUUAUGAGGUUGCACCAGUCUUUGUUCUCAUGGAGGAAGUAGUUUUAAAGAAGAUGAGGGAGCUUAUAGGCUGGACAGAAGGAGAUGGUAUCUUCAGCCCUGGGGGCUCUGUUUCUAAUAUGUAUGCUGUAAAUUUAGCCCGGUACAAGUGCUGUCCAGAGUUAAAGGAGACUGGGCUUUCAGGUUCGCCCCCUUUGGCAAUGUUCACAUCUGAGGAGAGUCACUACUCUGUGAAAAAAGCUGCUGCCUUCCUUGGAAUUGGCAUUCGAAAUGUCUACAUGGUGAAAGCUGACAAAAGAGGAAAGAUGAUUCCAGAAGAGCUGGAGAAAGAAAUCCAAAGAGCCAAGAAAGAAGGGGCUUUGCCUUUUAUAGUCGUUGCCACUGCAGGAACCACAGUUUUGGGAGCAUUUGACCCCUUAAAUGAAAUUGCAGACAUUUGUGAAGCACGUGGGAUCUGGUUCCACGUUGAUGCAUCAUGGGGUGGUGGUGCAUUGAUAUCCAGAAAACAUCGUUCUCUCCUGAAUGGUAUCCACAGGUAA